UCUUUUUGUUGGUUUACCUUACCUGUUUUUCUUCUUUUCCUUUUCUAAUCAUUUUUUUUUUCUUUUUAGGUUUCCUUUUCAUCUAAAUUUGCUCUUUUUGGUGUUUGUCGUGGGCUUUACCAAAAUAAGCAAGGAUGAGGUUUCUCUUUCACAGAAUAAGCAACAUAAGUAAUAACAAUAAUAAUACCAAUACAUAGUCAUGUAGGUAAAAAAAUGGUUUCUUUAAAUGGGUUUCAAUAGCUUUGGCAGAGAGAGAAAGAGAAAGAUGAAUAAGGAAAGGUGGUUGUGUGUGGGUGCUUGCUGCUUUAAAGAUAACCUAGAAUCAAUCAAUCACCAAAGACAUGAAAAAAUAAACAGCUACCCUCUUCUUCUCUCUUUGUGUUAAUAUAUUAUAUUAUAUUAUAUAUAUAUAUAUAUAUAUAUACACAUCUUUCUUUCUGGUUUGGUCUUUACUCAGAAUCUAUCAGAAUUUCUUUUCUUUUCUUUUUCCUUUUCAUUUCUUCUUUUGGCAUCUAUUUCCCUAUCUUCUUUUAUCUCAAGCUUUCUGGGCUUCUGCCUAUUUGGUAAGAUUUCCAAAUCUCCAUUUGGUCCUUUUCCUCUCUUUCUUUUUUUCCACAAAAUCUUUUCUAUUUGGCUUGUUUGAAAGCUACAUGGAAUUCAAGAACAUUUCUUGUGGUUUCCCUUGUUUUCUUUAGAUCAAUCAACAACAAAGUUACAAUCUUUAUAUAUUUCUAUAACAACUUUCCUAUUGAUAGGAAUUCUCAGACUUCCUUAUCUACCUUCCCCUUUUGGGUUAUCUUCACUCCUCCAUUAAAAGCUAUUGUCUAUCUGGGUAUCUGAUUCUUCGCUUGCAAAAUCUCAGAGUUUGUAGUUAUUCCUUUCUUUACCUAGAAAUAGGUUUUCUGGGUAUAGUCUAUUUGAAAGGUAUAGAGAGAUGGUGAGAGGAAAGACUCAAAUGAGGCGCAUAGAAAACGCCACAAGCAGGCAAGUUACCUUCUCCAAGAGGCGAAAUGGGUUGCUAAAGAAGGCUUUUGAGCUAUCUGUUCUUUGUGAUGCUGAGGUUGCUCUUAUUGUCUUCUCUCCAAGGGGGAAGCUUUAUGAAUUUGCAAGCUCCAGCAUGCAGGAUACAAUUGAGCGUUAUCGUAGACAUGUCAAAGAGCAUCAAACCAACAAGAAGCCAACUGAUGAAAACAUGCAGCAUCAACUGAAGUCCGAAGCUGGAAACUUGAUGAAGAAGAUAGAGCUCCUUGAAGUAUCGAAAAGGAAACUACUAGGACAAGGUUUGGGUUCAUGCAAUCUUGAGGAACUACAACAGAUAGAACAACAGUUGGAGAAGAGUGUAAGCAGCAUCAGAGCUAGAAAGAAUCAGGUUUUCAAAGAACAGAUUGAGCAACUAAAAGAAAAGGAGAAACAAUUGGCAGCUGAAAAUGCAAGGCUGUCUGAAAAGUGUGGUGUCCAAGCAUUGCCAGGCUUGAAAGAGCAGGAAGAAAAUAGACCAUACGAAGAAGGUAGCCCAGUUUCAGAUGUGGAGACUGAACUUUUCAUUGGACCACCAGAAACAAGAACGAAGCGCUUUCCUCCAAGAAAUUGAUUUGAUGAUUGUCAAAAUGCCAUAUUCCACUAUUGAAAAUAUAUUUAUAUUUAUACAUAUAGUAUAUCAUGUAUCAGGAAGCAAUAAUAAGGGCAUUUGUAUGACGAGAGUAAUAUAUGUUAUUUAUUGAAGAAACUUGAUUAAUUUGUUACUACUAAUUGAAAGAGAAAAAAGCUACUUCUACUAAGUUCUAUAUAUUA